GAUUAUUUGGAAUUGGUGGGGAUUUUAAGUAUUAAUCCUGAAUUGUAUCAGGAGAAAGUGGAAAACAUAAAGACGAUAUUGGUAAAUAUACACCAUCUACUGAAUGCAUACAGACCACAUCAGUCUAGAGAAUCAUUGAUCAUGCUGCUCGAAGGUCAAGUGGCUCAUAAAAAGAGUGAAAUUGAACAUAUUGAAAAUGUAUGUCAAGAGAUAAGAGAGAAGCUGCAGGGGAUUCAGCAAGGUUUAUCUAAUUGA